UCCUCACUUUACCACAUCUAGCGCACCACGUUUACCAGGGUUCAUGCGACAAUCUUGCUCCUUUUACGCAUUCGUUUUUCAUUCAAACUCUCUGGAAAGGAGAUUUUUAGACGGGUUCGCCGAUACACCUGUUUAAGAAGUCAUCCCACGCGUAAAUUAUGAAUUGAGCGAGUUUUGGCACUGUAUCACCGUGGGACGUCGCUUUGCUGCCAAGCGUUACAGUCGAUCCCCCCCCGUGGUAAACGGACAGGAGCCGCCGGCGUUAGAUCAUCCGUCACGUACAUGAGAGGGGCGACCGGUGUCAUGACAGACAGCGCGAUGGACCCGAGAACCGCCUGCUGAUGUUCGGUGUCCACGAUGGAUUCCUGCGUGUCUACUUUAAGAUUACCAUAUAACGGUAUCAUAAAUGGAGGAGGAGAGUGACAGCCGCAAAAUCAACAACAGCUUCCUUCGGGACCACAACUAUGCAACCGAAGCUGACAUCAUCUCUACUGUGGAGUUCAACUCUACAGGAGAGCUCUUGGCUACAGGAGACAAAGGAGGAAGAGUGGUGGUUUUUCAAAGGGAACAAGAGACCAAGAACCAGCCUCACAGACGUGGGGAGUACAAUGUUUACAGCACGUUUCAGAGUCAUGAGCCGGAGUUUGACUACCUGAAGAGUUUAGAGAUUGAGGAGAAGAUCAAUAAGAUUCGUUGGCUGCCUCAACAAAAUGCUGCAUACUUCCUGCUGUCCACCAAUGAUAAAACUGUAAAAUUGUGGAAGAUCAGUGAGAGAGAUAAGAGACCGGAGGGAUAUAACCUGAAGGAUGAAGAUGGAAGGAUCCGAGACCCGACCACUAUCACCACAUUACAGGUGCCAGUACUGCGGCCUAUGGAUCUCAUGGUUGAGGCCACACCUCGGAGAGUGUUUUCCAAUGCACACACGUACCAUAUCAACUCUAUCUCUGUCAACAGUGACUACGAGACCUUCAUGUCCACAGAUGACCUGAGGAUCAACCUGUGGAACCUAGAGAUCACCAACAGAAGUUUCAACAUUGUAGAUAUAAAGCCAGUGAACAUGGAGGAGCUGACGGAGGUGAUAACAGCAGCAGAGUUUCACCCUCAGCAGUGCAACACCUUCGUCUACAGUAGCAGUAAAGGCUCCAUACGUCUGUGUGAUAUGAGGGCCUCAGCACUCUGUGACAACCAUUCAAAAUUUUUUGAGGAGCCAGAAGAUCCAAGCAAUCGUUCUUUUUUCUCUGAAAUCAUCUCCUCCAUCUCUGACGUCAAGUUCAGCCACAGUGGGCGGUACCUGAUGACACGUGACUACCUGACGGUGAAGGUCUGGGAUCUCAACAUGGAGAGCAAACCAUUGGAGACCUAUCAGGUGCACGAUUACUUAAGAAGUAAGCUCUGCUCGCUGUACGAGAAUGAUUGCAUCUUCGACAAAUUUGAAUGUGUUUGGAAUGGAUCGGACAGUGUGAUCAUGACUGGUUCUUACAACAACUUCUUCAGAAUGUUCGACCGCAAUACGAAGCGUGAUGUGACGCUAGAGGCAUCUCGGGAGAACAGCAAGCCUCGGGCGAUCCUGAAACCCCGCAAGGUGUGCGUGGGUGGUAAACGCCGCAAAGACGAGAUCAGUGUGGACAGCCUGGACUUCAGCAAGAAAAUUCUCCACACCGCCUGGCAUCCAUCUGAGAACAUCAUCGCAGUGGCGGCCACCAAUAACCUUUACAUAUUCCAGGAUAAGGUCAACUAGCACAACUGCACUGCCUCCACACAUUCACGAAGAGAAAGAGAGCGUUGUAGCCACCCUUUUGAAAAUUGCAGCAUGUGAUUGUGCUGGUUUUGUUCCUAAUGGAAGAAAGGAAGUUAUCUAUGAAGUAGGGAGAAGUAUGGACAAAUGUAGGACUUCUGAUCCUGAAUGAAACGGCCAUGUUGUAUAUGGAUGCUGAGUGAACAAGGAGCGGCAUGCUCUGCACAGUCCAUCUUCCUUUGUGAAGUAUUUGCAUUUCCUCUAGGCCAACUCUUACUUAAAACUGUUUAUUUAUUGUAUUUAUUCAUUUCUCUGUUGCAGGGAAAUGCGUGACUCUUUAAAGCAGGACAAAUGUACGUUGUCACUGACAUAAUCUGAAGUUUAGCAUCUUUAAUAAAGCAAAAUUCGAACAGCGAACUUUGCAUAAAAGUUGACCCUUGGUCUAUUUUUCACGGAAUCUUUCAUCAACAUCCUGGCAUCGAAAACAGAGGGGUACCUUUAUAACAAACAUAAUGGAUGUUCAUUUCCUUCGGAUCACAAUGCCGAAGUGUCGGACUGACCUGUAAUAAACUAUGAAUGUGACUCUAUGCCGGCUGUGUAUUUUUAGAACAUUGAUCACGAAACAAACAAUCUAUGACCUGAAUCACAGUCCCUAGCGAUCCGAUUGGUCCUCUUUAUAGGAGCGCUGAAGUAAAAGUCAGUUCCAUUAGUCAAAAAGUAAUUUCAUGUUGUCCUUUUUAGUCCUCUUAUUUUCAUGUAACCAUUAAUAAGCUGUGGUGCCUUCUUUUCAUAUGUGGGCGAUGGGGGGGGGGAUGGGGGGUAUCGGAAGGGUGGUAUUUUGGGUUGUGAAGUGUGAAUGUUUUACAAGAAAUGUGAAGAAUAGCUUUGUGUAAGAAGGGUGAAGAAUUGCAGCGACAUGGUUUUUGAGUACACAGAAUUGAAGCACUUGAAUUUUGCAUUCUAGUCUACAUGUAAUCUCAGUAUGCUCAUAACUUUACAGUAUACCCUGUUUUUUAUUAUUAUUCUUCAAGUGCAGUACCAGGUGAAUGGUAUUAAUGCAUGCAUGAUGUCAUCUAAUGGGCCAAUGAUGGGAAAAAAUGCUGUUCUGUUCCAACAAAUGAACCUGUAUAACAUCAGAUGCCAUCUUUUUCAUUCAAAACAAACCUGUUUCGUAAUACUGCAUAUGUCUGAGACUGUUAAAUGGUUGUCCUCGUUUAGUGGUGUCACUUUAACUUGAGGAUGACAGGAAUGCCGGUAUCAUGAUGUAGCCUAUACAUGACGUGAAGGUGAAAUGAUAUCAGGGAAUUUUAUUAUGUAAAAAUAAACUAGCAAUGUUGUUUUCUGAAAAUAAUUCAGUUGUAACUUCUUAAUGAAAGUUUUAUAGCUCAGAAUGUACCGACAUGCAAUGAUUUGCCACGCAGUCUUUAUGCUUAAUGGAAUUCGUUAAAAUAAAA